AUGGGAAAGCUUGUUCGGCUUGAGCUUUUCAAUUUCAAGUCCUACAAGGGCCAUCAUGUUCUACUUUUCGGCGAUGCCUACUUUACGUCUAUUAUUGGGCCUAAUGGCUCUGGAAAGUCAAACUCGAUGGACGCCAUCUCUUUUGUGCUAGGUAUCAAAUCGUCGCAUCUCCGGUCAACCAACCUCAAGGAUCUCGUCUACCGUGGACGUGUACUCAGGACAUCCAAGAUUAACGGUGAUGGCUCCGCCACAAUCGACGCUCAAGAGAACGGCGGCGACGGCGGCGACGACGCGCAAGAUGGAUCAGACGUGGAAAAUUCCCAGUCACAGGGCGACCGCGAUGACCCGCGCUCCGCAUGGGUAAUGGCUGUCUACGAGGAUGAUGCCGGGGAAGAACAGCACUGGAAGCGGUCGAUCACCAGUUCUGGCGUCAGCGAAUAUCGUAUCAACAACAAAACCGUGACCGCCCAGCAGUACAACGAGGCGUUGGAAGAGGAGAAUAUCUUGAUAAAAGCGCGCAAUUUCCUCGUCUUCCAAGGAGAUGUCGAAGCUAUUGCUUCACAAUCACCUAGAGACCUGACUCGGUUAAUUGAGCAAAUCUCCGGCAGUCUGGAGUACAAGGCCGAGUACGAGCGUCUUAAAGCCGAGCAAGAAGAGGCAGGAGAACAGCAAACGUUCCAGCUCAAUCGCCGCCGAGGAAUCAACUCCGAAAUCAAACAGUACCAAGAACAAAAGCGAGAAGCCGAGAACUAUGCACGCAAGGCCGAGGAACGCGAUCAGGCAAUCAUCACUCACAUCCUCUGGAAGCUUUUCCACUUCCAGCGAUUGAUUGAUGAAUCUAGUGCAGAAAUUCAGAAACACCAAGAUGAGCUCAAGGAAUACCGUCGGGGUGUUGAGAAGCACGAAAAGAAUCUGGAGGAAGCUAAGAAGGAACACGCCAAAGUCGGUAGAAAUGUAUCCAAUGCUGAGCGUAGCAUUACAAAGAAAGAGAAGGACAUUGAAGAUGCCACGAACUCACUCGUCCCUGUCGAGGAGAAGAUUGAAAUCACUUCCAGCAAGGUUCAAAGAUACACUUCUCGGAUUUCGGAUAUUACCAAAGAGCGGGAGUCUCAAAAUGCGAAUGCCAAGCGCCUCGAGAAAGACUUGAAAGUUGUGGAAAAAGCUCAAGCUCAAUGGGAAGCAGACUGGGAGAAGACCAUGAGCAGGGCAGGCGGCCAACUCAGCGAAGCAGACCUUCAGGAAUACAACAAACUCAAGGAGGAAGUCAACAAGCGCUCUUCAGCCGAACAGCUGAAACUAGACAAUCUUCGACGUCAACGAAAGACAGACGCUGAAACGGUAAACAGCCUGAACAGCAAAUUCGAGAGUGCGCAGUGGCAACUCCAAAGCCUGGAAACGGAAACGAAGACUUUGAAGGAACGCAAAUCGGACAUCAAUGACACGAUCAAGCUCACAUCUCAAAAUAUUGACCGCAAGAAGAAAGAGUUAAAUGCUGUAGCAUCUGAACGACUUCGCGCUUCUCAAAUGCGCACUGAGCUUGAAGAAAAGCUACAGGUUGUCUUGAAAAAAUUACUGGAAGCCGACGAUGGCAGAAAGCAAAGUGAACGAGAAAUUCGAAUGAAGGAGAUGAUUUCUACUCUGAAACGUAUCUUCCCUGGUGUCAAGGGCCGUGUCAGCGAUCUCUGCAAGCCCAAGCAGAAGAAGUAUGCCGAAGCUGUCAGUACCGUCCUGGGCCGUCAUUUCGAUGCUGUCGUUGUCGACAAUGAAAAAACAGCCAAGGAGUGCAUUCAACAUCUUCGCGACCAGCGAGCUGGACAGGCUACAUUUAUUCCCCUGGAGACUAUUCAGGUGAAAGCCUUUAACUCGAACCUCAAGGGUAUGCACCGGGGAAUGCGUCUGGCUAUCGAAACCGUUGAUUACGAGAAUUCUGUUGCACGAGCUAUCAGCUACGCUUGUGGUAAUGCGAUUGUCUGCGAUGAUCUCGAUACUGCCAAGUAUCUGUGCUAUGAAAAGGGAGUCGACGCUAAAGCAGUCACACUCGAUGGUACUGUGAUACAUAAAGGUGGUCUUAUGACUGGUGGUCGUGGGCCAGGACACCAAAGCUCCAAGCGAUGGGACGACUCGGAGCUGGAGAAUCUUCACAAACUAAAGGAUAAGCUGCUGGGUGACCUUGCUGCUCUGCCCAAGGGUCACCGUCGAGGAACGGAUGAAGAAACCUUACAAGGUGACCUCGUUGGCCUUGAACAGCGUCUUACAUAUGCCAGGGAAGAAUUGAAAGCCUUGGACCGCAACCUGGAGAGCAAAGGUAGCGAACUUCAGUUUGCUAAAAAGCAGCUAUCAGAAGUGCAACCCAAGCUACGAGAGAAGCAAAAGGCAUUGACGCAGUUGGACGGCUCUAUCAAGAAAUCAGAGGAGUCUGUUGGUAGUGUUGAGGAUGAGAUCUAUGGUGACUUUUGCAGCCGCCAUGGAUACGAAAGCAUUCGGGAUUACGAAGCACAGCAAGGUUCUUUGCAAGAAGAAGCCGCUCGCAAGAAGGUUGAAUUUACCACGCAAAAGAGCAGGAUUGAGAACCAACUGAGCUUUGAACAACAACGUCUUCAGGCAACGGAUGACCGUAUCGAAGCUUUGCAAGCACAGUACAACCGUGACGAAGCUCUCAUCAAGGGAUUGAAAGCCGAACAGGAUGGCAUCCGGAACCGUUUGGAUGAGCUAGGUGCCGAGCUUGAAAUUCUUCGGGAACGCCUGGACGAACAGAAAGAACUAUACGCCGAGUCCCAAGAAAAGUUGGCUGCCCAGAGACGAGAGCUCCAGAAACGUGCGAAGAAUGUCGAGGACACUCUUCGGACUGUGGGAACUUUGGAAGGAGAGAUCCAACGCAACUCUUCAAAUCGAUACGGCCUCCUGCGUCGUUGUAAGCUCGAGGGCAUUGACGUUCCUUUAUCAGAUGACUCAGCGGCUUUGGACAAUUUGCCCAUUGAUGAUCUCGUGCAAAAUGCCGAUCCCGAUGCUAUGGAUAUUGACGAAGAUGCUAACGCGACUGGAUUGGAAACGCCUGCGGUACAGGAUUAUGGCAUCGAAGUUGACUUCGAUUCUCUAGGCGAGACUUUGAAAGAGACUGCGGAAGAGAAGCUCGAGGAAGAGUUACAAGAGCGUAUUCGGUCCCUGAAUACCGAGCUCGACAAAAUGGCUCCCAACUCUCGAGCUUUGGAGCGUUUAGAAAGUGUUGAGAACAAGCUUCGAGGUACAGAGAAAGAUUUCGAGGAUGCUCGAAAACGGGCCAAGAGGGCCAAGGACGACUUUGAAUCUAUAAUGAGGAAGCGGUCUGAACUAUUCAACAAGGCAUUCUCACACAUUUCCGAGCAAAUUGGUCCCAUUUACCGGGAACUCACGAGAAGUGCUAACUAUCCUCUUGGUGGUCAAGCUUAUCUCGAUAUUGAGGAUUCAGAUGAACCGUAUCUAGAUGGUAUCAAGUACCACGCCAUGCCCCCGCUCAAGCGUUUCCGAGAUAUGGAGCACUUGUCUGGUGGCGAGAAGACAAUGGCGGCACUUGCACUACUGUUUGCAGUUCACUCCUACCAGCCAUCUCCGUUCUUCGUCCUUGAUGAAGUCGAUGCAGCUCUGGACAACACCAAUGUUGCGCGUAUCGCUAACUACAUCCGGGACCACGCGUCCCCUGGCAUGCAGUUUAUUGUGAUCAGUUUGAAAACAGGACUGUUUCAAUUGAGUGAGGCAUUAGUUGGUAUCUACCGCGACCAAACAGAAAAUAGUAGCAACUCGCUUACCCUUGAUCUGCGCAAAUACCAAUAA